GGAAUUUACUAAAAGAAAAGAAAAUAUCAAAUCAAUGAAUGAUUUGAUUAGAGAAUUUGAAGAAAUUGUUACAGAUGAAUUAAAUUUAAUUAGAAAUGAAUCUAUUGUAGCUUUAAAACACGUUGCUACUGGAAAAUAUUUAAGUUCAAUUGAAAAUAUCCAUUAUACAACCGGAAGUAAAUCUCAAGUGGCUUUUGUAAGCAGCCAAGUACUUGGUCCAAAUGCUUUAUGGAAAAUUAUAUUUGCUAAAAAUUGCUACUAUGAUUCUCAUAAGGGCCAGCACGAUUAUAUUUAUGAUUCUCAUAAUAUUAAGAUACAGCACAUCGAUUAUUAUAAGUAUCUUGGAAUAAAUAGUGGUAGUUACAAAUCUCCGAUAAGUGAACAUACAGAAGUAAGUUGUGGUGAAUAUUAUCACACGGAUUGGAAGGUUAAUCAUAGUAGAUUAGAAAAUAGUCAACGAUAUUUAAAGUCAAAUGAUGUUGUUAAUCUAAGCACAAAGAAAUUCUAUGAUAAUAACGGUGAGUAUAUUAAUGAUGGAUAUGAAGCAUUUUUACGUAGUCAUGAUAUCCAAUUUUCUAUUGGGAAUGAUACUUUUCAAGAGCUUGUUUGUCAUAAUGAAAGAUUAGGAGGAAAUGAUGAGUGGUGCAUUGAACUUAUUAAACAAGAUUGAAUAAAAUUGGGAGCGAAGAACAUAUGGAAUACAUUAGAUUACCUUGCAAAAAAAAAACUUUUUUUUUUUAAAUAAUUGGGUGUUUUGAAUUCAUUUUUUGAUCAAGGUCCUUAUAAUCAUUUUUACGACUCGUAAUUGUGAUAAGCUUUCAUUUGUUUUACUUAAACGUAUAUAUAGUACAUAUACUUGUUUAAAUAAUCUUUUGAUGUAUUUAAACUAUUUUUUAAUAAAUAAAACAUUUAAUAGUUGCUAAUAUUUAAA